UGUAUGCAUAGAAAUAUGUGUCGCUUUAAUUUACAAACCAAGCAAAACACCGAGAUAAUUUGUAUCAAUGCAUUACAUUUACCCUGGAUAGUUUACAUGCAGCAUAACAUAACGUAGCCUAAUGGGGGCGUGCCAAGUAUAGUAACUUCUUUGUCAGCUUUUACUUUCGGUUUCAUGCCUUUAGGAAAGUCCCACAGCAAAAGAAAGACCGGGCAUUUCUAAUAAUCGAUAUGUAUUCAGCCAGAAGUUUGUUGUAGGGUCGUGUCAUCUUUGUAGUCGGUGGAAAGACGGUGAGAUUCUCUAAUUUUGCAGAACUACAAGUUGCAGAGGUGCAGUAUAACGGCGAAGGACAGGACAAUCAAUUUACUUCCUCCUUCCAAUAGUGACUACACAGUCUCAGCCUGUGCCUUGUCGGGAUGCAGAAAAUGUCGUACCUCUCUCCACUACUGUUUUUGCUAGUGGAUGUGUGUGUGGUGCAAGGUGUUCGCCAGGCCCAGCUCUCCCCACUCCUCAUCCAACAUCCCUUUGUGGUUCUGUGGGCCGGGGGACUGCUCCGAGCCUUCGCCCUCCUUUUUCUCACCUACGCCUACCCUGGCACCCUGCCCUGGAUGAAGAGCUUUGAAGGCAUCCAGACCGUCUGUGUUUUCAGCUUCUUGUCUCCAGCUUACAUCACCUUUCUCUGGACCAUCGGAAGGUCAGCCGUGGAGAGGCUGUGGGGAUGGCAUUCUUGGGAAGCGUUACUGCAGAGUUAUCUGGUGAUUGCUGUGUCCUGGCCCUUCUGGACACGCUAUAUGCCGAACAUUCUUUCGAAGGAGACACAGAAACCGACCAAAAAGAAUGGGGCGUCCCUGCAAAGGCUCCUGGGAUACAUGAAGCCACACACUGGCCGUUUUACUGCUGUCAUGAUCUUAGUGAUCGUAUCAUCACUGGGCGAGAUGGCCAUUCCUCACUACACAGGGAAGAUGACGGAUUGGAUCAUGAAUGAGGAUGAGCCUGAGGCCUUCUCUCAUGCCAUCACAGUCAUGUCUGUGAUCACCAUCAUGAGUGCCUUGUGUGAGUUUGUGUGUGACCUCAUAUACAACGUCACCAUGAGCAAAAUACACACAUUUAUCCAGGGUCUGGUCUUCCAGUCUGUGCUGAAACAAGAAAUCGCCUUCUUUGACAAGUCAACUACAGGUGAUAUCGUGUCGCGCAUCACGACGGACACCAACACCAUGAGCGAGUCGCUGAGCGAGAAGCUGAGCCUGCUGAUGUGGUACUUCUGGAGGGUGAUCUUCCUGUUUGGCUUCAUGCUCAACCUGUCCUGGAAGCUGUCGCUCUUCACCGCCAUGGGGCUGCCCAUCAUCUGGGUCAUUCCAGAGAUCUCCGGAAAGUUCUAUCAGAAACUGUCCAAGGAUGUUCAAGCGUCUCUGGCCAAGGCUAAUGACGUUGCCAUGGAGACCUUCUCCUCCAUGAAGACAGUGCGGAGCUUCGCCAAUGAGGACGGGGAGACGGAACGAUACCGUAAGCGUCUGGAGGAGACCUACUCCCUCAACAAGAAAGAAGCAGCAGCCUAUGCGGUGUCCACAUGGACCAACAGUAUGUCCAGUCUGGCUCUAAAAGUCAGCAUCUUGUACUACGGAGGACGUUUGGUGACGGGAGAUGAUGUCAGCAGUGGAGACCUCGUGUCCUUUGUGUUGUAUGAGCUGCAGUUCAGCAGUGCGGUGGAGGUGUUGAUGAAUUACUACCCACAUGUGAAGAAGGCCAUCGGUGCCUCAGAGAAGAUUUUUGAAUACGUGGAUCGGACUCCUGAGAUUCCGCCUGACGGGACUUUGGCCCCAGAAACACUUAAUGGACACGUGCAGUUCCAAAAUAUUACCUUCUCUUAUCCAAAGAGGCCAGACACAGCUAUACUGAAGGGCUUGUCUCUGGAGCUGAGACCGGGUCAGAUGACGGCGCUGGUGGGUCCCUCUGGUGGUGGGAAGAGCUCAUGUGUGAACCUGCUGGAGCGCUUCUACCAGCCUGAACAGGGAUGCAUCCUGCUGGACGGAAAGCCCCUGCAGUCCUACAAGGACGAGUACCUACACAAAAAGAUAAGUGUGGUGAGUCAGGAGCCCAAGCUGUUUGCCCGCAGUCUGAAGGAGAACAUCAAAUAUGGCAUAGAGGACGCCUCUGACGAGGACAUGGUAAAGGCGGCCAAGAGUGCCUACGUUCAUGAGGAUAUCAUGAAGAUGCAGAAUGGCUACGACACAGAUGCUGGAUCCAAAGGCGAUAUGGUCUCUGGUGGUCAGAAGCAGCGCAUAGCCAUUGCCAGAGCCCUCGUCCGCAAACCAAAGAUUCUUGUGCUGGACGAUGCGACCAGCUCACUAGACACAAGGAGUGAGGAAGGGGUCCACAAAGCUCUGGCCAAGAUGAGGAAGGAGCAGCAGUGCUCCGUGCUGCUGAUCGCCCACCGGCUGAGCGCCGUGGAGCGGGCCGACCACAUCGUCUUCCUCCAGGACGGCAAGGUCCAGGAGGAGGGAACCCACGACCAGCUGGUCCAGAGAGGGGGCCUGUAUGCCGAGUUUGUGAGGAAGCAGAACACCUCCAUCCAUCGCGACGCUGCCGAGGAGACCAGCGGCUAGGACCAAGAGGCCUGAUCGAGCUGAUUGAGCUGUAAGUUGUAGAUGCGAGAGGUCAAAAGUGCCGCUGUGAGCCCACGUCAGCCUGAUUGACUGGAAAGGACUGGGGAUAGCAACUCAAGGAAGGCUAAAUCAUCUUGGUGACAAAUAGUGAGCUAAUGUGGGCUUUUGGCCAACCGCAUCUAGGCAAUGCUCCUGAAAAAGACAGCUGUUAUCACAUUCAUUUAGAUUUUCAACAUGAAGACAGGUUUCUUAUUUAACUCAUUAGUUUUCACUGAUUAUGGUGUGGAGUCAGUUUUUCUCAUUUUUUUUUCAUUACAGCUUGCAGCUAAAAUCAUUUAAGAAACAUGUCUUUCAUUUCCCAUUGUUUUGUUUGUAUAAGUUUGUUUGAUUUCUUUUUUAUUCUUCAUACUUUACUUGCAAUAAUCAAAAGUAUACCAAAAUCACGCAUAUGCCUGUAAUGUCACAUUUGACCUGUAAUGGUACGAGGCAGUCAUUAGUCUGUUUGUAGUCAUUUUUCAGUUUCUCAAUUGUUCAGUUCUGUAGACUAAGCACAAGAUGCAGACACAGUUUUCAGGAUGGGUAUUUUGUUCAGUUCCGUCCAUGCAAGUAAAGUGAAGAAAGAAACUAAAAAAGGAUUGUCAUGGAGUGCUUUGAGUACUCACAAAGCCUUUUUAUGUAAGGCAUCCAAAAUGUAUAUAUUAUGUUUAAUUGGUUGGUUCUCAAGAUGUAUUUAUUUUUGAAACACCAUUCCACCAAUUAUGACAGUUUCUCCUCAUAAACCCACAAGGCCAACCAGAUCAUUUAACAAUCCUUUCAGUGUCAUUCCGAAUAAAAUAAAAAAUGUUUCUAUUUCUUAAA